UAUCCCCUGUGUGUUGACAUUCCUGAACAGCUGAUCCAAGAACACGUGUAGGAUGACGACUGACAUGUCACUCUCUUGGGAUUAUUAGGGUUUUAAUUACCAUUUUCCUGGAUGCUUUUGGCUGUAAAGAAUGACUGAUGAGACCCUUGAGGCGAAUGUGUUUUAUAAACACAUCAAGGAACACCAUGGGGAAGAACUGGCCACCUGGUGCGAACCAAGCUGGGUAGUGUGCAUACCACAGCAAAGUGCUCUAGAUGAUAUGACUCUUACUCUGCCUCUUAUAGAGGCACAUGCUUUGAAGCAACAUGGGACAUCAGGGAGUCAGUAUGUAAGUGCUCUGUAUGGAGACAGCCUCAUCUAUGAAAUCACAGGGGAAGAGCCAAGGGUCAUCAUCUCCAAUGAAGAAGAAGGGCCAGAUGUUGUUGUCUCCAAGGCAACAGUUCUCACUGAAUAUCUGGUGACCUUUAGGGACAAAAUUAUCCACCUACUGUUACUGGACAAGCUCCUCAGUACAGCACAGGAUGAAGACAACAAUGUUUGUGACCAGCUCAUCACAACAGCAAUAACUUCAUUUGCUCAAGCGGAAAAGUUCUUGCGUAAGUUCCGCUGCCACCGGCCCAUGCUGUGGGAGGUGGACCAGAAGGUGAAGGAGGCAGCAGACUCACUUCACCCUUCCAGUAAUGUGGACCACAUGCAGAACAUCCUGCAGGACACCCUCAUCCACUGUUGGGAGUUGCUGCUGAAACGACACUCAGCCACCAUGCAGAUUGACGCUAAGUUUCAGGACCUGCUCUUCAGGGCACUCGACUACUACGUUGUGGGGAGGCUCCAUGAAAUGCUUUGGUGGCUGGUGUGUGAACGAUGCCAGGUGGUUGACCAGCUGGUGAAGACACGGUUGUCACACCUCCGCCAUGCUCAUCUCUCAGCUCUCCAGCUGGGGGUCCCGGCACACUACUACACUCCUCUGCCAGCUGCCGUUGUUGAGUUAGCUUCCCUGGCAAGUGUGGAGAGUGCCAUAGGUAGAUUACAAUGUGUCCACUCCACCAUCGAGCUCAUCCAAGCACAGGCCAAGGAGGCUCGGGUCACCCUGCACCAGUAUAAGGAUCAAGAGGGAGAACCAGAGCUGGAGUUAACCAAGGAAGAGUUGAUGGCUCUACUGACCACUGUGGUAGUCCAGGCACAGUGCUCACACCUGGUAGCUAACAUCUAUUACAUGACCCACUAUGUUUUCUCAGUCACUGAAGAUGACCCUCUCUGGAAAGGGUAUAAUGAAAGCCUAGACUACUUCGCACACCCUAGAAACAUCAUGAAGUUGGAUGUAGCCCGACUUCCCCAGCCAGCAAAAUCCAUACGAAAGGAACUCUCUCUCCAGGACCUUAUGCAGGUGAGCGCAGAAGUGGAGUCGCGGUUUGAGGCAAAGGGCCCCAGCCGCAGCAUUGGGGAUAUCACAGCGCUGGACCUACAGCUGCACCAGCUUACACAGCAGAUACAGCUGUCAACUCAAGCCCACUCUGAAACUCACUUGACUGAGAGGAACUCGCCCAGCCGCAGGUCUGACCGCACCAUGCUCUCACCCACACAGGACAACAGCAAGUCACACAGUUUCAGACAUUGUGACAAGACCUUGUCUAGUCUUACAAUACUGAAGCAUACGGAUGAAAGUGUGGAAUAG